AUGCCCCAAGACCCUCUUCCAUACCCCAAGACCCUCCUCCAUGCCCCGGGACCCUCCUCCAUGCACCAAGACCCUCCUCCAUGCCGCAAGACCCUCCUCCAUGCCGUGGGACACUCAUCCAUGCCCCAAGACCCUCCUCCAUGCCCCAAGACCCUCCUCCGUUCCCUGGGACCAUCCUCCAUGCCCCAAGACCCUCCUCCAAUCUCUGAGACCCUCCUCCAUGCCCCAAGACCCUCCUCCAUGCCCCAAGACCCUCCUCCAUGCCCCAAGACCCUCCUCCAUGCUCCAAGACAAUCUUCCAUGCCCCAAGACACUCCUCAAUGCACCAAGACGCUCCUCCAUGCCCCAAGACCCUCCUCCAUAACCCGAGACACUCCUACAUGCCCCAAGACCCUCUUCCAUACCCCAAGACCCUCCUCCAUGCCCCAAGACACUCCUCCAUGCCCAGAGACCCUCCUCCAUGUCCCGAGACCCUCCUCCAUGCACCAAGACCCUCCUCCAUACCCCAAGAACCUCCUCCAUGCCCCAAGACACUCCUCCAUGCCCAGAGACCCUCCUCCAUGCCCCGGGGCCCUACUCCAUGCACCAAGACUAUCCUCCAUGCACCAAUUCCCUCCUCCAUGCCCUGGGACCCUCCUCCAUGCCCUGGGACCCUCCUCCAUGCCCCGAGACCCUCCUCCAUUCACCAAGACCCUCCUCCAUGGCCCAAGCCCCUCCUCCAUGCCCCAAGCCCCUCUUCCAUGGCCCAAUUCCCUCCUCCAUGCCCCGAUACCCUCCUCCAUGCCCCGAGACCCUUCUCCAUGCUCCUCCAUGCCCCGAGACCCUCCUCCAUGCACCGAGAACUUCCUCCAUGGCCCGAGACCCACCUCCAUGCACCGAGACCCUCCUCCAUGCACCAAGAUCCUCCUCCAUGCCCCAAGACACUCCUCCAUGCACCAAGAUCCUCCUCCAUGGCCCCAGAUUCUCCUCCAUGCCCCGAGACCCUCCUCCAUGCCUCGAGGACCUCCUCCAUGCCCCGAGGACCUCCUCCAUGCUCCUCCAUGCCCCGGGACCCUACUCCAUGCACCAAGACUAUCAUCCAUGCACCAAGACCCUCCUCCAUGCCCCGGGACCCUCCUCCAUGCCCCAAGACCCUCCUCCAUGCCCUGGGACCCUCCUCCAUGCCCUGGGACCCUCCUCCAUGCCCCAAGACCCUCCUACAUGCCCUGGGAACCUCCUCCAUGCCCCAAGACCCUCCUCCAUAACCCAAGACACUCUUCCAUUCCCUGGGACUCUCAAACAUGUCCCAAGACCCUCCUCCAUGCCCUGGGACCCUCCUCCAUCCACCAAGACCCUCCUCCAUGCCCCAAGGCCGUCCUCCAUGCCCCGGGACCCUCCUCCAUGCACCAAGACCCUCCUCCAUGCCGCAAGACCCUCCUCCAUGCCCUGGGACCCUCAUCCAUGCCCCAAGACCCUCCUCCAUGCCCUAAGACCCUCCUCCGUUCCCUGGGACCAUCCUCCAUGCCCCAAGACCCUCCUCCAAUCUCUGAGACUAUCCUCCAUGCCCCAAGACCCUCCUCCAUGCCCCAAGACCCUCCUCCAUGCCCCAAGACCCUCCUCCAUGCCCCAAGACUAUCUUCCAUGCCCCAAGACCCUCCUCCAUAA